AUGGAAAGUUCGAUGAACAAGAGAGAACAUGGACACAAUCAAGACUAUACAGAUAACUUGCCAGAAUCAAAGAGACGGAAGCUUCCUGCUUUGGCAAGUGUUAUCGUGGAAGCUGUCAAGGUAGAUAGUCUUCAGAGGCUAUGCUCGUCUUUGGAACCAUUAUUUCGAAGAAUUGUCAGUGAAGAGGUGGAGCGUGCCUUAUCGAGGUUGGGGAACUCGAACUCAACUUCAAGAUCAGAACCAAAGGAGAUACAAGGCGUCGAUGGAAGAAGCCUGCAAAUUCGCUUUAGAACACGAAUGCCUCCUCAUUUAUUCACAGGUGGGAAAGUCGAGGGAGAGCAAGGCUCAGCUAUUCACGUGGUUCUAAUAGAUGCAAACACCGGAAAUGUAGUGGAAGCAGGAGAAGAAUCGAAGACGAAGCUGAAUAUUGUUGUGUUAGAUGGAGACUUCAAUGAUGAAGACCAUGUAGAUUGGACGAGAGAACAUUUUGAGAGCUUUGAAGUGAAAGAACGCGAAGGGAAACGACCUAUCUUGACUGGUGACAGACAUGUGAUACUUAAAGAAGGUGUAGGAACUCUUGGAGAACUUACUUUCACCGACAAUUCGAGCUGGAUUAGGAGCAGAAAGUUUAGGCUUGGUGUUAAGGCUGCAUCGGGGUUUCACAUCCGUGAGGCUAAAACAGAGCCUUUUGCUGUUAAAGAUCAUAGAGGAGAACUAUAUAAGAAGCAUUAUCCACCAGCUUUACAUGAUGAAGUCUGGAGAUUGGAUAGAAUAGCAAAAGAUGGAGCGCUACACAAGAAGCUACUAAAAUCUAACAUCAGGACUGUUGAAGACUUCCUUCGAAUUCUUGUGAAAGAUCCGCAGAAGCUAAGAAGCUUACUUGGGAGUGGUAUGUCAAAUAGAAUGUGGGAAAACACGGUGGAGCACGCAAAGACCUGUGUAUUAGGUGGGAAACUUUACGUCUAUUACACAGAUCUGACGCAUAAUACAGGCGUUGUCUUCAAUCAUAUAUACGAAUUUCGAGGCUUAAUUGCCAAUGGCCACUUCUUAUCUCUGGAAUCUCUUAACCAUGACCAAAAGAUUUCUGCAGACAUUUUGGUAAAGACGGCUUACGAGAACUGGCAUAAAGUGGUUGAGUAUGACGACUACAGACCGAUGGAGAGUUCUUCGGUUUCAGGCUCAUAUAAUGGAGGCCUUGAAGAUAUUCUCAGAGAGGAAAUCCGGAUGAACAAUGUUCCAACAACUGAAGUGCCCUCAAAUAGCACCUAUGUCCCACAUAACAGAGGACGAGAUAUCUUACGAGACAACAGGAGAACGGAACUAAUAUGGAUGAGGGCUACCACACACCACUAUGCAAUAUCUUUCUUGCUGCUGGCCUCGUGUAAUCGUGAUGACAAGAGAUGCUUGAGACCGAUGAUAUGCAGAGAUUGCUCAAGACAUUUGGGAUGUCAGGCGGGUUUAAUCAUUCCGAUGAGUCCUCCUGCUACGGUUUCAAUGAUCAGUAUGAAGCUUAGAUCGAUAAGGGUUAUGGAAGGGAACAACGUAGAGGCUCAGGGAAAGCUGUGGUUGGAUGGUUUAAGCUUAAAGCUGCAUUGA